GUCUCUGCCCAGGGUAUUCGCGUCGCUCCCGGCCUCUCUCCCCGCCCCCGUCUCGCCCGCCCCGCCGGGAGCGCUCCUCCGCGGGCAGCGGCACGGCCGCCUCGGGGCGGGCGGCGGCGGAGGCGCUGCGGGGUGCUCCCGCCGUACACCCCGCCGCGAAUAUGGCGACCGGCGGCUACCGAAGCGCCGGCGGCAGCACCACGGACUUUCUGGAGGAGUGGAAAGCCAAGCGGGAGAAGAUGCGGGCCAAGCAGGCGCCGACGGGCCCGGGGGCUGCGGCGGCGGCGGGGGCCGAGGCCAGGCCGGCGGCGGGCCCUGCCCCGGCCGAGCCGCACCACCACCUGCCCGCCGCCCUUCCGCCCGAGCGCGGCGCGCCCCCCUCCGGCGGGGCCGCCAACUGCCUCGGCCCGGGCCGCGCCGCCCCCGGCAAGGAGCCGCCGCCGGGCCCCGCUGCCGGCAGGGAGCCCGCCAAGCAACCGCCCGCCGCCGCCGCCGCCGUGCCCGGCCCCACCGAGGGCGAGGAGAAGCCGACGGGCAAGGGGAAGAGCUCCGGCCCCAGCGCCAGGAAAGGGAAGGGGCAGAUCGAGAAGAGGAAGCUGCGGGAGAAGAGGAGGUCCACAGGUGUGGUGAACAUCCCGGCUGCCGAGAGCCUUGAUGAGUAUGAAGAUGAUGAAGCAGGGCAGAAGGAGCGAAAGAAAGAGGAUGCUAUCACCCAACAGAAUACGAUACAAAAUGAGAGUUCCAGUGCAGAUUCCACUGGUUCGUACUUAAUACAGGACUCCUCCAGGAUGGUUUCAAGCAGAUAUAAAAGUACAGGUAAUGCUCCAGGAGAUGAUGCUCUAAAUAGAUAUUCCCUAACGGAGAGGACAACUUACAGCAGAUACAGCAGGGAUGCAAACUCUUCUGGGAGUUCUGUACCAAGUAAUGCUUUGGAAAAGAGGAUUGAGGAACUUGAAAGGGAACUUGCAAAGGAGAGACAGGAAAAUGUAAGAUUAAUGAAGAUGACACAGGACAAAGAGGAAGUAAUUGGAAAACUGAAGGAAGAAAUUGAUUUACUAAACAGAGACCUAGAUGAUAUAGAAGAUGAAAAUGAACAAUUGAAGCAAGAAAAUAAAACCCUCUUAAAAGUUGUUGGACAGCUGACAAGGUAGAAGAUUCAAGCCUCAAUGAGGAAAGAUUUAAAAACUACUGAUUGAACGUUAAGGUCAAUAUAGUAAUACUUCCUGUGUUGCAGUAUGUUAUAAUAACUGUCUUUAUAUUUAUUAUUAGGAAACCAGAUGAAUGUUUAUUUUCGUAGUACUUUCUUCUUGCAACGAAUGGCAUCAAAACUGGGGUAUAUCUUUAGCUUUCAUUUCACAGAAGAAUGAUUAAAAUGUUUGUCAUGUUACAAAAUCCUAAAGUCAAAAAUUUGGGGGUUUUCUAUCUUCAGAUUACAUCAGGAUAUACUAAGGGUAAUUUAAACCUCAUAGCACCAAGAUCACUUUCAGUCCAUGUGGGUGUAUAUUUUUGAAACGAAUGAAAGCAAUACAAAGAAGCUUUGUUUACACAGAUCCAAAAUAUAUUUUUUGUGAAAUAUUUCCUUUUUUGUUUCAACAGCUGUAAAAUGGAUGCCUUAUUUCUGAUGUAUAACGUUUUGCAGAUUGAUUACUUGCUCUAAAAGCUCUUGUAUGUUGAGGGGUUUUUUACUGUAUCUGAAAGGCUGACGAUAAUAGAGUAGUAGCGAUAUUUUUCUGUAUAGCAGUAUUUUGUCAGGAGGAGGAGUUUUUAUUAAUAAAAUAAAUCACCUGUGGUAUCAGCAUUAAUGAGUUCUUAGAAUCACAUUGAAGUUGUGCACUGCAGUUUAUUUUAAAGCUUUUGCUUUAGCAAUGAAAUGCAAUUUUGCUCUCAAACAGUAAAUUUGUGUGCUGUGAGAAUGCAAACAAAGCCUGGAGCUUUCAUUUUCGCAAGGACGCUUUUGCAAUGCGUUUCUAUUGAAAAGCUGUUGGUUUAAGAUUUGUAGUGAUCAUAACCAAUGUGAGUUUUUUAAUGUUUCCAUUUUUAAGCUGGGUCCGAGUUUUUGUACGUACGUAAUAAAGUAGAGAGGAAUACCAGUGGUUCGCGCCCUUUUGAAACAUCAAAUGGUUUUAUAAAAAAGCCUUUUAUACUUGAUUUAAACUAACAAAGUGUUUCAGAAGUGCCUGUUUAAAUGUUAGAAUCCACUUAUGACUGCAUACUGAUUCUUCUAUAAUAUGGCAGCAAAUUUUCACCUUAGAUAAAACAAAGACUUACUUAAGAGUUUACUUCUUCAAAUUCUUUUUAAGCUGGAAUUUGAUGUACUUUAUUUCAUUUUAAUACAACAUCUAUUUCAUUCUUAAUCAGAAUUAAUAUAUCUCAUUUGAAUCAGAAGACCUGAAAGAAAAGCAUUUCAAAGAGUCCAGGCUUUUUCUUGCCAAUUUUGAAGUUUGGUGCAUGCACGUAGCUUUUGUAGCAUUAAAACCUAAGGCAACUUUAAUACAUAUCAGGUUUGCCAAUUGUUUCCAUGCAGUAUACUUAAUGGCUGUAAGAGAUUCUUGAACUCAAAUUCAGAAAUUACUGUUAUGCCUUGGAUUGUUUUGACUACAGGAUUUUACAUUUGUAUGAUCUAAUGAGGAAGAACUUUUCAGAACCUUAAAGGAUUUUUCAGGAAGUAUUUUUGAAGAUAUUCCAGGUUGCCUUCAAGUUUUUCUUCAUAAAGGAAGAGAUAUCCCAUGGGACAUGAUUUAAAACGUUAUCUCAAGUUUUUGAAUGGAAUGGAGGAGGGAGGUGUAUUGGCCCUCUAAACUAUGAUAUUCAGCAGUGAAUAUUUGUCUUAAUAUUAGCCAAACAGUAAGAAGAAGUCCCUUCAUUUAUCACUUCCAUAAAGUUAAUUGAAAGUCAUAUAAUCAUUUGAGCUGUACGCCUUCUGAAUAAAUACAGAACUUUCUCUGGAAGAAUAUUUGAUUUCCUUCUGUGUGUAAGUAGGAAAUAAACGUAGAGGUCUAAGAUGUGGGAUGUGAAACUUACUGAAAAAUCUUUGAGGUCUUAAUUCAGAAAGAUGGAUAGUAAUCCGAAGUUGUAAAUCAGGUGUUUCAUAAACUGUAUUUCACAUACAUUUUAAACCAAAGAACAAUGAUGACAAAGAAUACAAACAAGAAUUGUCAUCAUACUUACCUCUUUUUGGUUUGCGUGUGCAUUGAGUAAAACUUAACAGCAGAAACCCCAAAAUCAGAAUUUCUUUUUUAACCUGGACACGCAGUUGUGAUGGUGUUAUGUGGCUGAAGACCUAUGAUACCAUACCUUGAAGGGGCAAGGGAAGUUUCCAAAUACUUGAGAACAGUAGACCUUCAGGCAGAAAGUGAGAACAAUGGAACUGUUGGGAACUCACACCUAAAGUUACUUCAGGACAUUAUUGUUUGAUUUGUAUACAGGUGUUCUGUAUACAAAUAUAAAACGCUUCACAGUACUAAAAAUACCCAAAAAUCAUAUCUUUAAUCAUAACAUUUAUGCUGACCUUUGUGAAGAGUUGAUGGCUUUUUGAAAGGCCUGUUUCAAUAAUAAUUACUUUCUGCUUAUGUUAUCAGUCUCUUGGGAGAAGUUUAGUAGACUCUAGAAUAAUGGUGUAUUACUUAGGAUGUUAUUAAUCACCUAGUCAUUGCUUGCCAUUAUAGUUUUAUUUCAGUAGGGUGUCCUUAUAAUCAAGCUCAACCAUAGAAUAAGUUUUUAUCCUAGGUGAUUCAAAUAUGUUAACUUAGCUGCUUUGCCAGCAAUUCAGCAACGAGUGUCCCCACGCUCUCCAAACCAACGCCUCAGUUGUUCUCAGCAGAUACACUGCUGCAAGUGGGAACCCAUCUCACAUGGGAAGGCUGUAUGAUUCCUGGAUUAUAGCUAGGCUAAAUUUACAUACCUAGUGUAAAUUAGAGCUUUUUUUUUUUUGGAAGGGGGCAUUACUAUGCAGUAUUUACUGGAUGGGUGACUUUCUUGGAGAUUUCUGAACUUUCCUAUCUUACAAUUUGUACCAGACUUGCCGAGGACUAGCAUCUGUGUUUCUAGGUACUUGAAUCAUCUAGGAAAUGUGAACAGAAGCAAAUGCCUGUAGACUACAAUAAAUGACAGAAAAUGCUUUAAUAACAAAUAGCACACAAUACCUGUUUUAAAAAUGCAAAAUUAUACUCUUUAUGGUCAUGUACCCUUAUAUAGAAGGCAGACACUGUGAGAGCUGAAGGUUAAAAUUCUGCAAAAAAAUAUUUUUAUUGUUGAUUAUACACUCUGAUGUUUGUGGGAUUUGUUCUUCAAAAGUAGAAGAUCAAGCAUAUGUAAAUGUUGUUGAUUUUUACAUGGAAAUUCAACAUUGUGCUUUUUUUCAUUUUAAAAUAAUCAAGUGGCCAUGUUCAAGUUCAGUGUUACUUGCUAUAUAUAUUAACCAAAAGAGUACAAUAUUUGCAAAUGAGUGGUUUUUUCUGUCUUAAAAGCAAAAAUUUUGUGCAAAUUACCCCACUUGUAUUUACACAUUCUGAGUUUAAUGUAUUUCUCUUGGCUCGGAAUUUGAGAGAGUGAAAAAAAGAGGUUUACGAGAAACCAAUGAGGGAAUUCCAAGGUAGGAAGCAGAACCGGAUGAUUUGGUGUUUUAUUAUUCAGCUGUACUGAGAAUUAGCUGUGGAAGGACCUUUGUAGCAUAGGUGCUACAAAGAGAGACAGGGAUUUAAGUACAUUGGAAAAUGAGGGAUUGAUCUGCAUCAAAGUUUUUUCUAUUUGUUUGGUAACAUUACAGCUUGGAAACUGGCUACUGUAAGACCAGAAGGAAUACUGGAGAUCGAGUCACUGCUUAACCCUUUGGUAGGAGGGCAGAAUUAUGCUGACUCCAGGUAUUUCAUACCUUUCUGUAGGUUUUUUUGUGUCUCUUCCCAGCUUGAAUUCAAACAAAUCAGUAUUAGUAGCCAAGAGGAGGGGUAAUAUCGGCGAAACAAACAGACUAUACACACAUAUGACUGGUCAGUAUUUCUUGAGUUUAAACCCUUAUGAAGAUGUCAGUUCAGUUCAUCCAUUUUCAUCAGUAUUAAUCAUCUGUCAGUUGUAGUAACAGCCAUUUUAGUUAGAGAAACAGCCAUUGCAAGCCAUGACUUCCCCAUGUACAAUUAAAUAAAUCUGUGUGUGCUACUAAAGAAUAUGCUACUUCCUUAGUUCCAAGACAAAGGAGCUAAGACUGUAUUUAAAAAAUCUGUUAAGUCAAGCAAGAAAAUGAAUGCUACAUCUUGGUAAUGUGAUAUGGAUCCUCUGCUGAAAGUUCACUCCAGAUCUGUUCCAAGUCAAUCAUUCCAGUUUCAAUAUCUCCGUAUGGAGCAUUUCUGCUUGUGUUAUUAAGCAUUUCUGUGUCAUAUGUCCAGGAUGUAAAGGACUUUGAUAUGUGUUUUAUAUACCAUUCCUGAUCUUCCAAGUACGGUGGCUUACUGAAUUAUUCUUCACCUACCAUUUUUCCUUGUACCGCAGCAGGUGUACAUUACACUGUUAAUUUAAUCCUUUUGUUUUUAUUUCUGGAUUUGUGGUGUAACUUUUCUUGUUCGAGGUUUUGGCUAGUUGUAAUUUUCCUGUACUGAAAAAAUUGUGAUAGUUGACAUUUCCUCUGAAAAUAAUCUCAUAAUGCAGAGUCAUUUUUAUAAAUAUCCUUUUUAUGCAUUUAAGAAGUUGAAGCACCAUUAAAUACCUGAAUACCCAUUUUAGUUUUGAACACUGACUAGUUGUAAUAUCUGUGGUAUCAGAUGAAAUUUGAUGUUGAGAUUUACUACUGCAGGUACAAGAUAUGCAUUUAAUCUAACAAUAAAGACUGUGUGCCUUUGUCCAAAUAAAAGAAAAUUCUUUUUAA